AUGAUUAUCGAAAAUUUUCCUCAGCUUGUUGAACGGAUAAUUGCUCACCAAAUUUCACGCGAAAAAAACGAUGAAAAUGGCAUUGAAUAUUAUGUGAAGUGGCUAGGACUACCUUAUGCUGAAAGCACUUGGGAAGCAGAACAUCUUAUAUCACACCGAUUUCAUAAUAAGAUUGAGGCAUAUAAUUUAAGGCUGAAUAAUGAAAAUUUACCUGACAAACAUUCUAAGGUAUGUUUAGAGUUUGUGAUUGCAUAA